AUGCCCCCAAAAGCAACAGCAUCACGCCGAUCGAGGACUCGUCAACCACGUACACAAAAUCGUCUCGAUACAAAAGAAUUCAGAGAAGCAACGCGGGCUGUUAUUCGCAAACACCUAUCCAAUAUCGAGAAAAAAUACGCUAUAGUGUCAACCACACUGCCCUUGGAAGAAUUACUGUUGGGAGGCAAAAAGAAGAGAGGUUGUCGAGGGAUAAGUAGGCCUCAAAAUGCCUUUGUGCUGUACCGUAAAGACGUGCAAGCUCGACUAUUGUUAGAAAGAGAAAAUAAAUUAGGAAAUACGGCAGAGGAUUCUAGUAAGCUCAGUCCAAAAAAUGCGUCCGGCUUUUUCAGUGAAAUUUCCUCGACCGCUAGUAAAGAGUGGGCAAAGGAAACGCAAAGUGUAAAGAAUUUCUUUCUUGAGUUGAGCAAAGCUGCAUAUUCUAUCCAUAAAGAGCUUUUCCCAGAAUACAAGUAUUGUCCCAAAAGUGGUAAAAGGAGCAUUGCAAGGAGAAAAAUGGAACUUGAGAACAAUGAAUUGUCACACGAACGCAAAAGACCUGCUACCAGUGCUAAAAUUAGUAUUUCGAGUGCUAGUGAUACAGCAACCACAAAUCCUGUCGUUGACUCUCCUGCCAAAGUCUGCUGUAAUACCGUAUAUCCUGAUUGUGAUAAUUCCGCAAAGCGAAAUGCCAAAUUAACAUGUUACCCAAGAACAAACGUAUCCACAAUGCCUACUGCCCUUACUUUUACUCCUUCUGCUGCUGCUUAUACCGUUGCUGCCAACCGCCUACUUGACGAAACUACUUGGGAUAUCAGUGAUUUGAGUGAUGAAAACGUAUGUGAUAUCAGCGAUGACAGUGAUGGAUGGUGGCCAGGCUCAGAAUACAACAUCGACUAUGCUAGUUAUUUCCUUGAUGACAACAAUGUCGAUGAGAACGUUUCUCCAACUGAUGAUGCUACUACAAUUGCCGAUACGUCAUUGGUCAAUUCCUUUUCACUCUUUCAGCCAACUCAGAUACCACUGCUUUUCCAGAAUGAUUUGCCCAUUACGCCCACUGCAGAAACUUGCAUGCCGUUUCCUUUUAAUGGAUCCGUGUGCAACACCAUCCAGUACCAAUCUUUAACAGCUCCUGAAUUCGAAUCUUCGUUAUAUGGUACCUUUGACAAUACUCUGCUGGAUUUGCCAUUGAAUGUGAAUACGGAGUAUGACGAAGGCAUUAAUCAAUAUACGACGUAUCCGGAGCGGACAAUCAACGUGGGAAACAAUGCAUACAAUGAAAGCACAUAUGACGUCCAUCAAUAUGGCGAUUGUCAUGGCGAGUUUGGCGAGAGAUAA